GGGAAUAAAUGGGAAAACGCCUGCGAAACACACAGCUGCAUAUCCAAAGCCACAAGUGCAUUAUCAAAUUAUGGUGAUUUGAAGAAAGAUUCUGCUGUGAACCUAAAUGCUCCUCGAACCCCAGGAAGGCACGGAUUGACAACCACACCUCAACACAAACUCCUCUCGCAGCACCCACCGUGGAAGCAGGGAAAUGAUACAGAUCAGACUCAGGGUGUACAGACGUGUGUGGCCAAUGGUCUGAUGGCAGCACAAAACCAGAUGGAAUGUGAGGAGGAUAAAGCGGCCCCUCUUAGCCCAUAUACUCGUAUUCGAGCUUCUGAACUCUUGCUUGAUACGCACUUAGUGAACGGAGAAAGAGAUGAAACCACUGCACGUCCUGCAUCACCCACAGCAAAUGACUGCGAUGGAAGCGCUUCCGACAGUAGCAGCAGGACCCCAAGUACAGGCCCCGUGCUCCCCCUAGAAGGAGGGGCAGAAGCAGAAGCCAAGGUACAAGAGGGGGAAGGUGGAGAAAGCCCUCUGGAAGUGGAACAGCUGGACCACCACCAGGAGAUGAAGGAGACUAAUGAGCAAAAACUUCACAAAAUAGCCAACGAACUUUUGCUUACAGAAAGAGCUUAUGUCAACCGACUUGACCUCUUAGAUCAGGUAUUUUAUUGCAAACUUCUAGAAGAAGCAAACCGAGGUUCUUUUCCAGCAGAGACAGUGAAUAAAAUCUUUUCUAAUAUUUCAUCCAUAAAUGCCUUCCACAGUAAAUUCCUAUUGCCAGAGCUGGAGAAACGAAUGCAAGAAUGGGAAACUACCCCCAGGAUCGGAGACAUCCUUCAGAAAUUGGCGCCAUUCCUUAAGAUGUAUGGAGAAUAUGUAAAAGGAUUUGAUAAUGCAAUGGAAUUGGUUAAAAACAUGACAGAACGAAUUCCCCAGUUCAAAUCAGUGGUCGAAGAAAUUCAGAAACAAAAGAUCUGUGGGAGCUUAACUUUGCAGCAUCACAUGCUGGAACCUGUUCAGCGGAUACCCCGGUAUGAGAUGCUCCUUAAAGACUACCUAAGGAAACUGCCAUCUGAUUCCCUGGACUGGAAUGAUGCUAAGAAAUCACUUGAAAUUAUAUCUACAGCAGCAAGCCAUUCUAAUAGUGCAAUAAGAAAAAUGGAGAACCUAAAGAAACUCCUAGAGAUUUAUGAAAUGUUGGGAGAAGAAGAAGACAUUGUAAAUCCCUCAAACGAAUUAAUAAAAGAAGGACAGAUCCUCAAACUAGCCGCUCGGAACACAUCAGCACAAGAACGCUACCUUUUCUUA